AUUCUUUUGUUUAAUGGAUUUUACAAAGAGUCAAGCUAAAGAUAAAAAUAGUCCUUCUUAAAAUGAGGAUGAUUCUUAUGUUAAAGAGAUGAAAUGUAUAUUAAAAUAAUAUAAAUAUUAGCUAGAUUAUUAAUUAAAAAGCAUAAGGGGGCAAUUGGUGAAGAAAAUCUUGGCAAAUUUUAUAUUGAUGAUGAAUAAGAUACUGAUAGAUAAAUAAGGUUUAGAUUAGAGUUUUCAAUCAAUUUUUGGGUGAUUAAAUAAUCCUAAUUAAAUUUAGAGUGCCAUGCUUUUAGCAGCAUUUGUUUCAAGAUCUAUUUAUCCAUUUAGCGUUAGAUUUGUAAAGAAUAAAUUGAAACUUGAGGGUUUUCUCAAUAUUCAUAUGGUUUUUCCUUCCAAGUUAUAUUUAGGCUAUUUUACCUUUUAUUUUUCUUACAAAUGGUGUAGUUCUUGGAGUAUAUGAAGGUUUAUGGGCUAAAUAUUGGUUUGAAUAGGAAAUAGAAUAGAUAAGAAAAUAACAUGUAAGAUUAUGA